AUGGUUGUUGGUAAAUCCUAUAUUUUCAACAGAAUAAUAAUGGGUUGCGGUGCCAGUGCAACUAUUAGGUCACCGGCCGAAGACGCGCCCCGUGGGCGUGAAUCAACAGGAUACUCAGGAGCAUACGGCGGCAUACACGGUGACUAUGGGAAUAAUACCUCAUUCGAAGCUGUAACAAGGAUCGAGGAAGAGGAAUUCGACGACGAUUAUUACGAUAGUGUGCCACUGAAGGAAGAAUUCGAUCAGUGGAUCUCUGAUUUGAACAACAUGAAUGACUAUGCUGACCAUCAGGCUCUCCUACUAGACAAGUCAAAGCCAUCGGGAAUCAACCCCACUGAGAUCCGUGCUGCAUACAAUCUCGACUGUGCGAAGGUUGUGCUUUGGAACGCUGCCGAUUGUUCCCCGAGAAUGUGCUGGGAAAUCGGAAAAUAUGGAAUUAUAGAAAUACUUUUAUCCCAGCUCAAACAACCUGAAUAUGCUCCAAAUAAACUGACAGGAACUGAAAAUUACUCUUCAAUCAACGCUGACAGAGUGGUGCGUUCUACCACGGGAAUUUUGCACAAUGUUAUUCGUAACUGUUUAGAUAACAGGCACCAUUUCCGCGAAGCUAACGCGGUAGAACUAUUAUCCAAGUACAUUCAUUGCAAACAUGCUACUAUCCAAGCAGUUUCCGUUCUCAUUUUGGCUUACAUCGUCAAAGAUGAAGAAGUUGACAAGAUUUCUACAGGAGAUGAAAUAAUUAAGUUUUUGUUGUUGGUGUACGCGGAUGCGUUGAACGGCGAUGAGCACAUGUCACCUAUGUAUAUGUUUGAAGUAACUGAGAUCGUUGAUGGGUUGAUAUAUCUUGCAGCAAAUGAUGCCAAUAAGGUGAAAUUCGUGAAUAACGACGUAUUGCCCUUACUUGUGGCAACUCUGACGUCCGAGUGUUCAACGGAAGAACACUGUUUAGCGGCUACUGCAAUUUGGACAUUAGCAUUCCAUGCCGAUAACAAAGAUCGUAUCCGGAAAGAAGAGGGAUGUUUAGAAGCUCUGACAAAACUCCAGCACAGUGACAACUCUGGCCUUAAGAAAGCUUGCAAUGGUGCACUAUGGGAACUCCGUGAUGGUGGUGAAAGUGUGACUCGUGCUGUGGAAAGUAGCGGUCAUGUGAUGAUAAGCUACCAAUGGAACUGUCAGAAAUUAAUGGUGCAAGUAAAAAAUCGUUUGAAAGAUGCGGGAUUUAAAGUGUGGAUGGACGUCGAACAAAUGGGAGGUUCAACACUGGAAGCAAUGGCGGGCGCUGUUGAAAAUGCAGAUGUUGUUCUUAUGACAGUUUCUGAAAAAUACAAAGACAGUCAAAGUUGUCGUUCUGAGGCUGAAUAUGCAUAUAAACGAAAAAAGACAAUCAUACCGAUUCGAGUUCAACCCAAUUAUACUCCUGAUGGCUGGUUAGGAAUCAUAGAGGCAAACAAUUUAUACUACGACUUCAGUGCAGCCAACGCCAUGGCAACAGUGAUGCCAGACCUCAUACGAGAGCUUGAGAAAUCGAUAGGAGGUAAACGAGUAAAGAAAACAGUGGAGCGGGAUAAGGCUCAAGUAGUUCAGAUUGGAACAACAGGAUCUACACCUCUACAGACGUCAGCUGAUGCAUGGACAAACAGUGACGUCAGUACAUGGCUGAUGCAGAAUAAUCUCAGUCACAUGAAAGGAAGAUUUUCCGGAUACACGGGGGAGGAUGUGAAGGGACUGAAAUCAGUACUAAUCAAGGCGCCAGAGUUUUUCUAUUCGUCUGCAAGUACAGAUAAAGGAAUAAAAACUCUUUUGGAUGUUGUGAAGUUGGAGAGAGCGCUUGAGAAACUAGACUAGAAUGCACUAAACCAAUUCGAUAUAUUUGAUAUCACUACAGUGUUGAGAUAAAAAAUAU